AUGGAAUUCGACGAAAACGCGGACCGUUUCCGAGUGUGCGGUGGAAUCCAUAUCAAAUAUGUAGCAUCGUUUUGUGCAUUCUUCGGAAUCUGUGCCACUAUAGGAGUAUUCUCUUUCGGGUUAAUGAUUUUUCCAUGGCAUCUCUACGAGGAUUCAGUUAACAUGACCGCAAAAAUCGCAUUCUGUUGCUUCCUGAUCGGUGGAUGUAGUUCCCACGGUCUAAUCCUCUACUCUUUAUACUCAACUAGACUUCAAACUCAAUGGUUAAUGCCUGCAUUUGCUUAUCACUUGUUCAUUGCAGUUCUCAAUGCUAUCACAACUCUGAUUGCAGUAGGCGAAUUGUUUUCUGAGGGAAACAUCUCGCAUCGUGACACAGUUAUGGCGAAAAUUGUGAUCGUUGUGUGUCCAACGAUUUUCAUGAUUCAAAUGGUCGGAUUCUAUGUUAUUCUGAAAUGCCGAACUUAUAUUCAAUGCAAGCGACGACAUGUUAGAAACGGAGAACCACCGAGAAUUCGCGAAGUAAUAAUGAUGAGCAACAAGGUAUCAAUAAUGGAACUCUCAUUUGAUCAGUUUAACGAAACGAUGUAUUCACCUGCCUAA